GAUAAUAAGUCGUGGCCAUGAGAUAAUUUAACCAAUAGAAUUGCUGUUUUGGUCGGCCAUUUUAUAUACUUUUCAUCAUUCCAUUACUUAUGAAACUUGGUCAUAUUAUGAAUCAAGACCUUCGCAGUGAAGUAAUAUCACAUUAUUUCCAUCUUGGAAUCAAUUACAAGGAUAUUGUGUACAUUCUUGACAACAUCUAUGGAUUCAAACUAAGUGUGCGGCACCUUAAGAGAAUUCUGAGGACUAUGAAUCUGAGUCGUCGUAGAUUCAGCCCUCUCGUGGAUGUUGUGAGUUUUAUACAGGAUCAACUAUCAGCUUCAGGACAACUGUGUGGCUACCGUAUCAUGUACGCUAGAUGUCAACAAAGUGGUGUAAAGGCUAGAAUGGAAGACGUUCGACUUAUUUUGCGUCAUCUAGAUCCAGUGGGAGUUGCAUCAAGGAGAGUUCGGCGACUACGUCGGCGUUCCUAUUAUGCCAAAGGGCCAAAUUUUGUUUGGCAUGUAGAUGGAUAUGAUAAACUUAAACCAUUUGGACUUUGUAUCCACGCUUGUGUUUGUGGAUUUUCAAGAAAAGUAAUAUGGAUCAAGGUCUACAAUACCAACAACAAUCCAAAGGUAAUUGGUGGAUACUUUUUAGAGGCCGUUAGGACCCACAGAGGUUGCCCACGCAUUGUAAGGGCUGACCAUGGUACAGAAAAUGUACACGUCCGAGUGUAUCAACAGUAUCUUCGACGUGACAAUACAGAUCCACAAGCCGGAAGAUGCUUCAUUGAUGGUUCCAGUACAUCAAAUCAAAGAAUCGAAGUCUGGUGGUCAUUUCUAAGAAAGGAAUGUACACAGUUUUGGAUUGAAACGUUCAAAGGUCUCGAGGAAAAUGGAGAUUUCAGGGGAGAUUUCUUGGACAAAAACCUUAUCCAGUUUUGUUUCAUGGCUAUUGUUCAGGAUGAUCUGGAUUCCGUGGCUGCCGUUUGGGACAACCAUUGCAUUAGACCCUCAAGAAACAAUAUUGCAAGUGGUCAUCCAGAGCAAAUGUACAGUGCUCCAGCUCUAUGGGAAACUGAAGAUCAACUCUGUGUUGUGUCCGACGAAGACGUCUCUACCUGCCUUGAGGAAGCCGUGAUUCGCUCAACAAUCCCCUGUGAUGAAGACGUUUAUGAAAUAUGUACUAAAGUCAUGGGGAGAGACAACCUACAACCGGCAACGAAUGCUCAAGAAGCAGCUGAUCUGUAUAUACAUCUCCGACAAGAAAUCUACGAAGUCCUGUAGUAAAGUCUAAUAUACAUCUGUUUUAUGAUCCUACCAAAUGUAACUCGUUGCCUCCUUCCACGAGGCACGUAUUCCUAUUGAUGGUUAUGAUUAACAUUAGUGUUUUGCAACUAAAGCAGGUAUAAAUGCCAGUACAAACUUUCGUUUAAUGUUUCAGACAUAAACCAUUUCCCAAAUUUAACAUUGAUUCACUCUAGAUCUGAUGUUUUACAAGAAGUAUAAGCAAAACUUCCAACUGAUUGCACUUCUGACAAAUGUUUGCUGAUACAAAAGCCGCAACCCUACAAUAAAUUUAUGUGCAUACAAUAACUUGCAUAAGCUUAGUUGACUUGUUUAGUGCAUGAUUAACAUAAUGUCCGAAUUACAGAAAGCUGACACGUCAUUCGUAAAAUGUUAUAAUUCUGUAGUCGCAGACCUUUGGAACAAUUGCUUAAAUUGUUGAAUUACAAGCCCUGGUGGUAAUAUAAGUAAAGAUUAUCAGAUGACUAUUUGCUAUGAUAAUAAGUUUUAUAUCAGUUCGCAACGCAAAUUAUGUACUUUGAACGUUGUACUCCAAAACUAUCAGUCUAGGUAGAUACAUGAAACAAAUGAAUGUUCACGAAUUAACAUUAAAAGAAUGACAUAAAAUAGCCUGUUAAGCUGUUAACUGAUGGCUCUUUA